AUGGUUCGAAAAAAUAUUUUAAAACAAGUUAAUAAAUCAGGACAAUUUGCAGUUAUAAUUGACACUACUACCGACGUUUCUUAUCAAGAACAAUUUACCAUAAUUUUAAGAUACAUUGAUGAAGGAAAACCUCAAGAGCGUUUGAUAGCACUGGAAACUGCAUCUGAUUCUACUGGUCUAGGUAUGUUUCAAGUCUUUCGUAGCAUAACAGAAAAACACAAUAUUAACUGGAAAACACAGAUGAUUGCUCAAACAUAUGAUGGCGCGGCCUCUAUGCAAGGCAAAUACAGUGGAUUGAAAACGCGUAUACAAGCAGAGAAUCCAAAAGCAAUGUUUACUUGGUGUUUCGCUCACAAAUUAAAUUUGGUGAUAGUUGAUACAUGCGAUUGUUGCAUUAAUACUAACACUUUUUUUGGCGAUGAUGGGGCUUUAAUUGAAUUUAUGCGAGCUAGAAAGCGGACGGCUGAAUUUGUAGAAUGUCAAGAAAUACUAAAUCCAAGAGAACAAAAACGUCGCAUCAAACGUUUUUCUAAUACUAGAUGGACAUCACAUGACCGGGCUUUAGUUAUCAUCCAAGAAAAGUACUUUGCUCUACUAAAAGCAUUGGAAAAUAUUUCAAAAGCAAAUGGUUCAGAUCGUGAUACAACUUCAAUGGCUAAAAACUUAAUCUCGGUUAUAACAUCGUUCCAAUUUGUCUUGGUUUUGAUUUUGAUGAGAAAAAUAUUUUCGGUUACCACUGAAGUUUCAAAUUAUUUGCAAUCAAAAUCUAUUGAUUUCAUGCAAGCUAUCAAAUUGGUGAAUGUUGCUAAGAAAAGAUUGCAAAUUUUGCGUACUGAUGAGGGAUGUACUGAAAUAAUAAAUACUGCCAAGGAAUUUGCUACUACAAACAAUCUUUCUCAAUGUGACUUCAAAGUGGUAAGAGCAAGAAAGAAAAAAAUGAAGCCUGGUGAACUAUCCAGAGAUGAAGUGCUAUGUUCGCCUGCUGAUUUAUUUCGCUGUGAUGUUUGUUUUAAAGUUUUAGAUGCCAUUAUUACAUCAAUUGACAUUAGGUUUAAUGAUUCGCAAGAAAUUCUUAAAGAUUUAAGCCUACUUACUCCGGAACGUAUGUUAUCCAUAAAAACUAAAAUGCAAUUGCCUAGUAAUGCCUUCGAACAGUUAUCAAGUUGGAUAAACAUUCAUAUAAAUAAUUUACAAAAUGAAUACUUAACAUUCAGUAACAGCCUAAAUGAUCUUUAUAACGACACUAAUCCGACUCAACUAAGUAAAUCCGUAAACAAAAAAAAUGAAGGAACGAUUGAUCAACCUGAUACUAGUUCAGAAAUAAGCGAUGAUUCUGAAAUUGAAGAAGCAAGUAUAACAAAUAUGACUAGUUUAGACAUUUUGGAUCUUUUAUUAAGCCACAACUUAAUUGCGGCAUUUCCAAAUCGGUACUUGGCAUAA